CUGCUGCUGCUGCUGCUCUUGUGCCCCGCGCACGUCGGGGGACUGUGGUGGGCUGUGGGUAGCCCCCUGGUCAUGGAUCCUACCAGCAUCUGCAGGAAGGCCAGGCGGCUGGCAGGACGGCAGGCUGAGCUGUGCCAGUCAGAGCCGGAAGUGGUGGCAGAGCUCGCCCGGGGCGCAAGGCUGGGGGUCCGAGAAUGUCAGUUCCAGUUCCGUUUCCGCCGCUGGAACUGCUCCAGUCACAGCAAGGCCUUUGGGCGCGUCUUGCAGCAGGACAUCCGAGAGACAGCCUUCGUGUUUGCGAUUACUGCAGCCGGCGCCAGCCACGCGGUCACGCAGGCCUGUUCCAUGGGAGAACUCCUGCAGUGCGGAUGCCAGGCACCCCGCGGGCGAGCACCGCCUAGGCCCUCUGGCCUUCUGGGCACUCCUGGACCUCCAGGGCCAACAGGUUCCCCAGAUGCCAGCGCCGCCUGGGAGUGGGGAGGCUGCGGAGACGAUGUGGACUUCGGGGAUGAGAAGUCAAGGCUCUUUAUGGAUGCCCAGCACAAGCGGGGACGUGGAGACAUCCGGGCACUGGUGCAGCUGCACAACAAUGAGGCGGGCAGGCUGGCGGUGCGGAGCCACACGCGCACCGAAUGUAAGUGCCACGGCCUUUCGGGUUCGUGCGCGCUGCGCACCUGCUGGCAGAAGCUGCCUCCGUUCCGCGAGGUGGGCGCACGGCUGCUGGAACGCUUCCACGGCGCCUCGCGCGUCAUGGGCACCAACGACGGCAAAGCCCUGCUGCCUGCAGUCCGCACGCUCAAGCCUCCCGGCCGAGCCGACCUCCUCUACGCCGCCGACUCGCCCGACUUCUGCGCCCCCAACCGGCGCACCGGCUCGCCCGGCACGCGCGGCCGCGCCUGCAACAGCAGUGCCCCGGACCUCAGCGGCUGCGACCUGUUGUGCUGCGGUCGCGGACACCGCCAGGAGAGCGUACAGCUCGAGGAGAACUGCCUGUGCCGCUUCCACUGGUGCUGCGUGGUGCAGUGCCACCGCUGCCGCGUGCGCAAGGAGCUCAGCCUGUGCCUCUGACUCGCCGCCUGCCUCGGAACGGCGCGCCAGCCGCCUCUUGGCAAUCUGCAGGACCACUGGAUUCCAGCAGGGGGCGCUGUCCGGGUCCAGCUGCUCCCUAGGAAAAUUACAUGUCUAGGCCUUGGGAAACUACAGGGGCUGGGAGCUUGGGGUUUACACCUGCCCUCCCAGGUCUGAGGACCCUGCUCCUCCAGCAUCCCCCAGAAGGGCCCUCUGCGGGAGACUGUACAGGCUCUUCUCCCUCCCUUUGGCCUCCCAGAUGGAAAUAAAAAAGCCAGACUCUGGCCUCUGGAGAGGAUGCUCCUCAGAUUUACUGGAGUGGAUUACAAUAAAGACAUUUAAAUC